ACUGGUGAGCGCGCGGAGGCUCUCGGCAUUUCAUGAUGGAUCCUGUCUCGUGCAAGGCUGCGGGCAGCGAGGGCUCCGGAAAGCAGCGCGCGCUGAAGGCUCUGCGCCUCGCGCUGCUCAUCCCCACCGCCUGCCUCGCGCUGGCUGUGGGCUCAGUGGCGCUCAGCCUUCUGGUGACCUUCAGGAGCCAGGACAUGGAGAGCCGGCUGCACGCGCUGGAGAAGGACAGGGCAGCGUGCGCCCCGGUGGACACACGGACUCAGGACGGGACAGUACCGGAGCAGUCUGGACGGCCUAUAUUGACGGAGGAGCUGCGCGAGCUGGUGGAAACAAUCGUGCAAGAAAGGCUGGGCGAAGUGCUGCCGAAAAUCCGCCUGGCGAGAGACCUGACCCAGGAGUGCAACUGUCCCCCAGGUCUUCCAGGGAAGCGCGGCAGAAUAGGCAGACGAGGAGAUCCUGGACCCCCAGGCAAAGCUGGACGGGAUGGUUACCCGGGACCUCUCGGCUUGGACGGUAAACCCGGUCCUCCUGGGCCUAAAGGAAGUCAGGGGCCAGCUGGACCAAAGGGAGAUAAGGGUGACCAGGGAGAAGCUGGGCCAAGGAUGGUCUUUCCUCGCUAUGACCAUGGUUUCAUCUCUGCUGACCAGCCCACCUUCCAGAGACGUAUGCUGAAGGGUGACCAAGGACAGGCUGGUCCACCUGGCCCACCUGGCCCCCCAGGGGCCCCAGGCCCGAGAGGUCCUCCUGGGAACACUGGGAAGGAUGGACCCCGAGGACCCCCUGGAGAGCAAGGUGCCCCUGGGCGUGAUGGAAUGGAGGGACCCAGAGGUUUACCAGGAGAUCCGGGUGAAGACGGUCAGCCAGGUUAUGCAGGCCCCCAGGGACCUCCAGGGUUGAAGGGCGAACAGGGUGAACCAGGAUUCAAGGGUGACAGAGGCAUGGAUGGCUUUCCUGGCCUGAAGGGUGAUAAAGGAGAUGUUGGGGAAAGUGGGCCUCAAGGAGAGAUGGGCCCUCCUGGGGAGAAAGGUGCGACAGGCUCCAGUGAUGUCAUCGCCUUCAAUGACAAACUUCUAGAUGCUUUUCAGGGGCCUCCUGGACCUCCUGGACCUCCCGGACCACCUGGAAAGGAUGGUUCAAAGGGAGAGUUGGGCCUUCCUGGACCAGCUGGACUUGAUGGCGAGAAGGGGCAGAAAGGAGAAAUUGGCGACCCAGGCGACCCUGGAGAGAGAGGAGAGAAAGGAGAAAUGGGGCUUUCUGGUCCAGCUGGAAUGGACGGGCCAAAGGGAGAGAAGGGAGACAGUCGGCUAGAAGACAAUCUGGUUCAAAUGAUUUCUCAACCAGGACCACCAGGGCCUCCAGGUCCCAGAGGACCUCCAGGAUUCAUGGGUCAUCAUGGCAUGCCUGGUUCAAAAGGUGAUCCAGGAGAGAGUAUCAAAGGAGAGAAGGGUGACAGUGGUGCCUCAGGAAUUCAAGGUCCUCAUGGCCCUCAAGGACCUCCAGGUCCAGCAGGAUUGGUUGGUCUUCCAGGCUCCAAAGGUGAAAAAGGAAAGCAGGGAGAGCCUGGAUUAGAUGGGUUUCCUGGCCUGGUAGGAGAAAAAGGAGAUACAGGAGAGAAAGGAGAAAAGGGUGACCGCGGCUCUGUGGGGAAGAGGGGGCUGAAGGGGCAGAAAGGAGAGCAGGGUCCGCCUGGGUUAGACCAGCCCUGUCCUGUGGGUUCUGCUGGAUGUAAGAGUCAGCCGGGGGAAAGGGGGCAGUCUCGGCCAGAGCCUCCCUGCCCAGUGGGUCCAGAUGGGCUUCCUAUAGCAGGCUGCUGGCACAAGUGAUGACUAACACGAAGCACCGUGUCUGUACAUAUUCAUAUAGUAUAUAUUGCAGAUUUGAUGCGACCUCCUAUUUUUUGAAAGAUUUUCUUUUUUUUAAUGUAAGAUAAGACUUUAAUGACCUUCCUCAGCCAAAGAAUUACCUACAGUAUUCUUUUCUAAAUCAGUUUCGGACUAAAUGACGGAUGCUGCGUUUGCUUUAUCUUUUUGCGUAUCUGGGACAAAUUUGGGUUAUGUAAUCCAAAAGAAUUUGCUGAACUGAAUGGACCAACGGAGGAAUCUUGCAGUUUGCUUUCUUGCUUCAAGAAUGCUGCACGAGCAUGUUCAACCGAUGCACAGAUAUCCGGAGGUAAAGCUGCUUGUCUGUUUUUAAAGGACGAAGGGAUGCUCCAGAAACUCAAGCGAAAGCGCCUCUCCCAACCUUGACUCUGCGAACGGAGGAGUUAACCGCUCAAAUCAGCCACAUCUUCACACUGGGAACUGAAGACCGGCAAACUGCCCUCCAUCAUAAGGGCUAACAGGGACAUACCGGGCUCUCAUGAUCGUCCACAUAUUCCACUGAGGAUGUUUCACACUAGCUGUUCAGUAGCUACAGGAAGGAUGACAACCCUGAGAUUGGCUUCAUUAGCGCAAGCUGACCGUUUGUAACAGUGCCAAAAGGAAUGCCUGGCAUGGAAUUUAUAUCGAAGAGCUAAAUGAUUUUGAGGUUUUCUGAUGAUGUAUCAAUCAUCUCUUGUUGUUUCUCAUUUCUACUAUUGUUGUUGUGCUUUUUUUCUACUCUCCCUGUGAUUUACAACAAUCUUCAGUAGGCCUGUCACAACUAUUACAUCAUCACCAGAUCACAAUUAUUUCAGCCAAGUGCAGCUGUUUAAGCUGACCACGAUUUUUUUCCACAGCUGUAAACUUCCACAAUCAUGUGUUUAUUUUGUAACUGAAACAAGUGUGUUGAACCAAAUACAGUCAUUCGUAAAGGUCUGAACACCCUUUAGUGAAAUUCUAUGUGAAAAGAAAUUAAAUAUAGCGUUUUUUUCUGCAAGCCUUGGGGCAUUACUGAAUUUAACAUGCUGGAAAAAAUAAAACAUACAUUUUUUGUUUUUUAAACUCAGCAAAUAAACAGUAAUUGUGCAGGAUCAUGUGCGGGAGUGUGUUCUCUGUAGAGGAUGUGUUUUAAUAUAUUAUGAUACAAUCUAUAUUAUUACUGUGUAUUAUUUUCAACAUAAAAUGUAACUUGACCAGGGUGCUCAAACUUUUACAGAUGACUGUACAUGUAAAUGAAAGAAAACAGAAAAUGCAUUUAUAGACUCUUCAUAGGUCUUACACUAACAACAAAAACAUUUGACUGGUGCUACAACACCUUUAGAGGGCAGCAGUGAGUAAUGUUUAUUUGAUGUUUGGUUAUAACACAUUUAGAUGACAGUAGUGAGUAGCAUUUGUUUAUUUGAUGUUUAUUAUUAAUGCCUAUAGAGGGCCGAGGCGAGUAAUAUUUGUUUCUUUGAUGUUUAUUAAUAACACCUUUAGAGGGCAGCAGUGAGUAAUGUUUAUUUGAUUUUUGUUAAUGCCUUUAGAGGGAGGCGGUGAGUAAUGUUUGUUUAUUUGAUGUUUGCUAAUACCAGAGCCAGUUUAUGAGGAUCCUGGCCACUUCCUAUUUCUCCUGUUACAUCAAAAACAGGACUGCUAAACAGCAGAAUGAGCCCACGAGGGAGUACUCAAUGAAUGGGAGUGAAUGGAGCUCAACGGCUAAAAACGAACAGUUAAAAUAGUUUCUAAUCACUCGCCCAGAACUUUCCUUUACUUUUAGAAAGUAAAAAAGCAAAGAAAACUCGCCUAUAUCUUUCCUUUAUCUACAGCAAACAGGUUUUGGGCAGCAUAAGGUGGGAAUUACUGCUAGUGAGUGCUGAUUGGUUGGCGAGCGGAGCUGUUCACGCUCACUGACUUCAUGGACCUACAUGAGGUCCCGUUUUAAACUCCUAUAGCUGGAGUUGAAAAGCUCUUAAAAAUAUAUAGCAGUAUUGAAAUAUUUUAUAACUUUCACUGUUCAGGUAAUGAAUGUACUUUACAUUAAACAUGUUUAAGCAUUUAUGAACUAUGAUUUUGCUCAAAUGCUCCUCAUCAACCCAUUCAUUUUGGACUCACUCUGGAGCACCCUCUAGUGUUUGAGAAAGACAUUGCAGAGUGGUAAUUCUACUCUCAACAAGUUCUCUGUUAAUACACCUUUGAGGGCAGCAGUGAGAAAUAUUUGUUUAUUUGAUGUUUGUUAAUAACACCUUUCGAGGGCGGCGGUGAAUACUAUUUGUUAAAAACACCUCUAGAGGGCGGCGGUGAGAAUGUUUGUUUAUUGGCGUUUGUGCUGUUUCUCUCGUCAGUUGCGAGCUACUAAAUAUCAACAGCUAGGGAAGCAAGACAGGCCACUGUAGGCUUAUGCAUUAACAGUUGCAUACAGUGAACAAAAGAAGACAAUUGAAUUUUAAUUGCAGCUAGCUAUAUGGCAUUUAAUUGUCGGCUAAAAUUUCAAGAUGUUCGACAGGCCUAUUUUCAACAGCUUUUUCCCUAUAUUUUUAUACCUGGUGACACAUUUACAUGGUAAGAGUACACAGUGGUUCAUAAAAUGAUGGAACAUUUGAGGGAGAUUAGUGUGUUACUGUAUUUUUUAAGAUAUGUAAACUAAUAGAUUGUAUUAUAUUCUGUUGGCAUUCUUUUGUUGAGAUAUUUUGUAUGCUAUAUCCAAUUACUGUCAUUUGAUUUAAAUAUCACAUUCAAAUUUGGUUUUCUGCUCUUUUAUUAAUGGCCUUUUGAAAAUGAAAACUUGGUGAAAGUACAAAUGUGAAAGAAAUGUUUUAAGGCCUUGAUCACAGUUAGCCACAGGAGCAUCUUUCUUAUCUGUAUGAAUUCCUUCAAGCCCUUUCUUCAGGUUCAGAGCUCACAGAAGUGUUGGGAAAGCCUCUUUGCUCAUCUCUGAGUUAUGGAGCGCGACUUCCCAGAAAGGAAAGUGUGUGCAAGUCUUGCAGUAUGAAGCAGCCAAGUUACCUCCAAGUUAUUCAUACUGACAUACGAGCACACCUGUAUUAGUUUUUACACACCUGUCAUAUUUGCUUUAGAUUUUUACAUCUAAUUAAGAAAGAAUGUACACAAAGCCAUAUCUUUUCAUUUAGCAGACAAUUAUAUUGAUUGAUAUUAACAAUGUAAAUGAUUGUCACAACACAACAUGAAGUAACAAUAUAAAACGGCUGGAAAGAAUCUUGUAAACUUUACUGUAAAGCUUGCUUUUUUUUUUUCCUCCGCUUCAGUUUUCAUCAACAUUGGGAAUUUCUUAUGGUAUCAUUUUGAGAAAUGUUGCUGCUGAACGUUGUAUUUGUAUUUAUCGUUGAGAUUUAUUUGAGAAGUAAGAAAUAACUCUCUCAGCGACUGCUUGACAUCAAUUAUGCUUCUCAUGAUGCGUUUUAUAAAAUAAAUGUAUAGUUUGUAAAAAGUAAA